GCACGUUCGUUCGUCAAGCGUGUAAACUGUUUUGUUAGCAGCGCAGUGGCGGUUUAUCUGUUUCCAAUGUAUUUUUGCUCAUCGGAAUGAUCAGUAAAAAGUUUAAACAUUCUGGUUGAAUUCUGAUUAUUAUUGAUAACAUAAAAUUAACAAAAUGACUUCCGAGGCGCUACAGUACGAUGCCGCCUUGGGUGGCCCAAUCAAGCUGCCGGACGAAAUCGAUUCGGCCCGGUUCAACGAGGAACGAGUAACGGAACUGAAAAGCUUUCUUCUUACCAUCGCCAACACCGAAAAACAGACCAAACUGAUGCAUCAGUCUUUGCCGCUGCAUAUGCGUCGCCGGGCCAUGAGCUACAAUCCCAAACGGCUACCAAGAAAAUUCCGCAAUGCCCACAUUUCACAGUAUUGCAAGAGCGGACUGCCUGAACGGAAAAAGCGACCUUCGAGGAAGUACAGGCGGAAAGCGAGGAAUCUGUUGCAGGAGUAUAACAGACGAAAGAGGAGCAACAUGUGGCUGGAAACGCACAUCUGGCAUGCCAAGCGAUUCCACAUGAUUCCGAAGUGGGGCUAUAAGAUUCCUUACACGCCUACCAGCAAGGGUUACAGGGCUUGCUAUCGGGCGACCGCGAAGCACUGCCUUUUGCAAGAUAUGUCGUACUACGGAUGUGUGGAGAUUCAAGGACCGGAAGAGGUAUUGAAAAAUGAGCUGAAGAAAAUAUGCAGCGAGAAAAUCGGACUAACUAUUGCUGCGAAGGCCUACACGAGUGGCAAAAGGUCUGGGAGCGUGUGGAUCUACAAGAAAGACCAAUAUCCUGAACAAUGUCUGGGCAAAGUUAAAUUUAUCUGGAAAAGCGAAUCCACCACGGAUGGCAGAAGGGUUUUAUGGUUGUUCGCGCAUCCGGCUUUCUAUAAGAAACUGGUCGAGGAACUGAUCGUUUUGUUUGAUUUGAGGAAUUCCAAUCGGGAUGACACAAUGGACGUCGAUGAGCCGUUGGAUGUAUCUAAAAUUACGAAGAAUGCUGGCACCAUUCGGAUUCCUAAGUAUGUGAACUCUAAGCGAUCGAUCGAAGUCAAAGAGUUGAAAGACACGUUGAACUACUUCCGUUUAACCGGUCCAUUGUCCCACGCCGUUUUGAGCAAAGCAUUAAAACCGUUCAAUUCCACAAAAGGCGAGAAGUCUAAUCAUUGGUUUUCCAAUUGGAUAAAAACUACCAAAAAUAUAAAAUCUACUGCGCAACAGACGGUCUUCUGGGAUCUAACAAAAGAUCUGACGACCCCCGGUGCGCUUAGCCCAGGCCUGGUGGUCGGCUUGACGAUAGAAGACCCCCGCCUUAAUCGGAAGAAGAAACGAACCAAAGCCCUUCCGGAUGCGAUCGCGGCAAAUCGUGAUUUGCCGGAAACUACCACGGACUUGGCCCGCUCUCCCAUUUGGGCGGAAUCAAUCAGGGACUCCGUUACCACAAACAUGCUAUCAACUCAUCAGCUGAACGCUCAGAGAACCACCCAGGGGCUUGUUCCGGGUGAACCGUGUGCAUUCGAAGACACCAUCCAACCCGUUCCGAUACUCCUGGUUCAGAAUUCCGGCUCCCAGGAUGCCGCAUUCAAGCAGCUUGGUUACGGGGCCGGAUGGGAACUGAUUGCCCCGUCGGGUUACGGACUGCCGAUAUGGCAUACGUUGAUCAUGUGGGGAGCAAAACCCGCGGGACUGAAGGAAACCGAAAUGCAGGCGCUUGAGUCGGGAAUCGAUACGCUGCGGGUGCCCGAUACGGUCUUAGGUCAAACUGAAUCCGACGCGGAACAUGAAAAUAAAUGGAACAAAUAUUUUGCAAAGCCAAACAAUCGACGUGUCAACUACAAAAAGCUAGCCAUUGCAUCGCCAUUCCGCUGUCCCUGGGCUCAGCUGGUGUCGGAAUGGGGUGGAACCGAAGGGGCCGAUUUCCACGUGCUCCGCGAUCAGGAGAUUCUGAGCAAAAUUCAUCACGCCUUGAAUCGUAAGUUCAAUUUGAAAUCAGCCCAGAUGCCAACUUCUUCUCUCAUCCCGGUCUAUCUAACCAUGAAAACAAGAGGCAAUCCGGGCGACAACGCCCUAAUCUGCCUGCCGUUUCGAUCGGAUUUCCGAGAAAACAAGCAAAAGAAACAACACAACGAUUUCAGUCCGGUUUUCACGGAACCGCUUCGCAAAGAUCCCCAGCAAAAGGAGCGAAUCUUACUGCGCAAGCAACACCUACAACUGCUGAAGAGGCUGCGCAGCCGAAGAAUCCGCCAGAAGAAAACCCGCCAACGGACGAAUCCGGGAACGUUAAUUCGGAUUGCGAAACCGCAAAAUGAAAAACUCAUCAGGGAUCAGCUGGUUCGAAUGCGAGAACUGUGGCUGCCGGCCAAACCGGAGAGCAUUCGCAACCAGUGCAGCCGAGAGUGCUUCGGCUACAUAACGCAGUGUAACUUUAGCCUAUCGGAAGCCAGAGUGGCCGCCUUGGGAUACGUGACGGCUAAGGGACUGGAGAAGCUGUACAAAACGUGCAUCAAGGGUACGUUCAAAGUGCUGGUGCGCGGCACCAAGUCCCGUUGUUACCGAUUCGCUACUAUUAAGGUACGAACCGACUGAUGUUUUAUUUUGUAGGAAGUGGAGGUCAUAUUUAUAUGCAUUUUGAUUAUAAUAAAAUUGUUGAAAUGAA